AUGGAAUUUAAAAUAACUAAAUUUUCACCCAAGUUUAAAGAAGAAUUACCUCCAAUUAACAGACCAACUCGUUCUACUAAUAGUCAAAUAAUAAAGGUAAUUAAAAGAAAAAUAAGAACAAACUUCUUUAUACACUAAAAUAUUUAUUGUUUUCAGAAUCUGAAUGAAUCAAGUAAACCAACAGACUCAUUGAACAAAUUUGAUCCACUAAUAUUGGUUGCUCAGUAUGAAAAAGAAAUUAACAAAAUGAAAAUUAAUCACAACCAAAUGUUAGAAGAACUACAUACAGAGUUAAACAUAUUAAGGUCAAAAAAUAGAGGUAUUAUUCAUUAAUUUGUUUUAGUUUUAUAUUAAAUGCUAUGUUGUUUAAUUGUCUUAUUACGGGUAAGUAAUUGUCAAACCAUAAUAUUUGUCUUCAAUGAUGGCUAUUAAGUAAAUUGUAGAUCUUUCACUGAUUUAAAAUAAUUUAUUUAGAUCUUUUAGAUGAAUUGAUUAUAAUGAAUGGUGGUAACUAUUGUUGCAAGCAUUUAGAAAAUUUAAGUUAUGACAUUUUAAAAUCGAAUACAAGUGAUAAUCAAAAACAAUUGAGUGAUAUACUCUAUAAUGCUAAAAUUCAACAUAUUGUAUCUACUGACGACAGUAAAAAUGAUAAAAACUACAAGUACCUAAACUUAUAUUUAAAAUAUCCAAGGAACUAUUUAGAAUACAUUAUUUGAUUUAUUAUUUAAACAUUUAAAAUGUCAAAUAAUAGUAUCAAAAAUAUAUCAGCAUUUGAAAUAAAUGAUGAUUUCUAAUAUUCAAUUACAUUUAUUAUUUUUGUUUAGUUGUAAAAAAGAACUUCCAGAAAUAAUAUCAAUAAGAAAUAAGUUUAUAAGUAAAGAGAACUCUGAGAAUAAAUCAAAUUUACCUUUGCAAGAUCAACUAAAUAAAUGCAAUAAACUUAUUAAUGUACUCCAGAAAGAAAAUAGUCAACAAAAGGCUGAGGUAUUUGAAGUGCCUAAUGCUUCACCCUAAAAAAUCUAGUACCUUUUUUACUACCAUUUAAACCUAAGCUAUAUUUACUCAAAACAGGGACAUUGUGAAUAUCUUAAAAGUAAUAUAUUUAUUUAUUGAAUAAAUAAAAUUAGUAAUGUCAUAUUAUUGCUAUAUUAUCAACAUAUUACACUGAUAUUUAUGCAAAUAAAUAAAUUGCCUUAAACUAUAAUAUUAUUUAAAUUCUAUGAUUGCUGCUGACAUUUCUUUUUUUUAUAGCUUAAUUCAUUGAAUGCAUUAUUAAACAAUGGAUUGAAUAUUUCUGGUGUUGGAUUGGAUCGAGGCUUGAUCAGACAAAAUUUGAAACCAAGAAAAAAAUAUAUGUCUUCAUUAUCUCUUCCUACUAUUUCUUAUCUGGAUAUUGUCAGUUCAGAGUAAAUAUAAUUAUUAUUUUUAUAAUAAGUUUAAUAAUUGUUUAAAAAUAAAAUUAAUAGACUACUUUAUGUGCGACCAAUCAUUUUUACUUAACAAAUAUUAGUCUUGUGUUUCUUUAUAAUACCUAAUUGUGAUGUAUACAAUAGGAAUAAAACAUUCUAAAUUGCACAAACUAAAUAAAUUGUUUACUAAUCAUGAUAUUAGAUACUUGAAUCCUAAUAAGCAGGAUUCAAGACUUAUAGCACUUAAAAUUCACAAAAAAGCAUAUAUAAAUGAUAAAAAACAUUUCAAGCAAAUAUUUUUAGAUCAAAUGAUAGGUUUAAAAGACCCCAGUCUAACAACUUUAAAUUAUUAAACAUAAUUUUCACAUUUAUUAUUUUCAAAAAUGUAUUUUAUUUAAAUAAAAUUAUAAGUAUUAUAAAAAAAAAUAACUUUAGAUUAAUAAUUUUUGUAGCAUUAAAAAAUCAUAUUUAAUAAGUUAAAGUAGUUAGAGGGGGGACAUUUAAACCCUUUUAUUAGGUCUAAUGAAGUGCUGUUUUUCAAGAUUUUUUUGAUAUUUUCAAGUGAUUUUUUGUGCAUUUAAAGUACACUAUAUGUCCCGAACCCUGCUUAUAAGUAUUAUCAUUUAAAUAGGCACUAUUUUAAUUAAGAAGUAAUACAUUUUGAAAUUAAUUUAGAGUAUAUACAAACCAUCUCUGUAUAAUAAUAAAAAGAAAAUUGCAUGUAAUUAUGAUAACUCUAUGUUAAUUAUAUCUUUAUUCUAUAAAAUAUUUAAAUGCACAAUUUUUUUUAUUUUCAGAGGAGAAAGUUUACAGUCAGUUCCUGGAAGUGAAUAA